AUGGCGCAUAAAUCAGCUUCCAAAACCCUCGUGGUCCUCGACGUGGGCCUUAGCGGGCCUACCGCGGGGUUGUCGUUUAAAGAAAUCAUAUCGCGUGGCGAGAUCAUCACGCUCCCGGUGGAAGGCCAGAAGGCAACCCCAAUCUUCUCCGACACCCAGUUUGUGGCUCUUCCCGAUGGAGUAGUCUACAGUGAGCAGACGCAACGCCUGUACUACACCAACAUGGGGGUGCCUCCUCUCAACGAUGGGAGUGUCUGCUCUGUCCGUCUUGACGGCACCGGCGCCCAGCCUGUCCUGGCCCCGGGCCAGAUUCACACCCCAAAGCAACUGGCGCUUGAUUCCAAGAACAACAAGCUCUACAUCUCGGACCGCGAGGGCCUGCGCGUCAUGCGAUGCAACCUGGACGGGUCCGCCCUGGAGACACUCGUACAGACGGGAGACUUCAAGAAUGCCCAAGAUGCGCACGACUAUACCAAGUGGUGCAAAGGGCCGUCCAAGGGGAACCAGGGCAGGAUCUUUUGCGCCCCCAUGGAGGCCAGCGGGUCGAGAGAGCCAGUCUGCGUUCUCGACAAUCUUCCCGAGCCUAUUGACUUGGACAUUGACGAGAAGACAAACACCCUCUAUUGGACCGACCGCGGCGAGAUCCCCUACGGGAACACAUUCAACCGGAUACAGCUGGACGUGUCCGGCACCCGCCCAGCCGCGGAACACCCGGACGCAAAGACGGGCCUGAGACACGAAAUCCUGGUCCAGAACUUUGACGAAGCCAUUGGCUUGGCCCGCGACGCGGACACUGGUCGAUGGUUUGUCUCGGACAUGGGCGGCACCGUCUGGGCGUUUGAGGCCGAUGGCAAAAACAAGACCAGGAUAUACGAGGACAAGGACCGUGCCUUUACCGGUAUUGUGCUAGCAAGGACUUGGAACUAG